GACUCGGUCCCGCCCCUUUCACGAUGGCGGCGCCCGGGUGCCACGUGGGGACCGGGGGGGGGCGGGAGGCAGAGGAAGAGAACGGGGAAGAGGAAGAGGAAGAGGAAGAGGAAGAGGAAGAGGAAGAGGAAGAGGAAGAGGAAGAGGAGCGAGGAGGAGAAGCAGAAGCGGCGCUGCGGGCCGUGUUCCCCCGCGACCCCGAGCUCUUCGCCGAGUUCUUCCCGCAGCGGCGCCGGUUCCGGCUGUGCGGGCGCGUCCUGCACAUCGCCGAGCACCACGGGCCGCGGCUCGGGCCCGCCGGGGCCGUGUGGGAGGCGGCCCUGUCCCUGUGCCGCUUCCUGGGCGAGCAGAACCUGGAGCUGGCGGGGCGGCGGGUUCUGGAGCUGGGGGCCGGUACCGGCAUCGUGGGCAUCUUCGCUGCCAUGCUGGGGGCCGAGGUGACGCUCACGGACCGGCCGCCGGCGCUGCCGCAGCUGCGGGAGAACGCGCGGCGGAACUUCCCGGGGCGGGGCGCGGCGGCGCCGCGGGUGCGGGCGCUGCGCUGGGGCCGCGACCAGCGCCGCUUCCCCCCCAAAUUCCACCUCGUGCUGGGCUCCGACAUCGUCUACGACCCCCGCGCCUUCGCCCCGCUCCUGGGCACCCUCCGGCACCUGCUGGAGCCCCCGGCCCGGGCGCUGCUCAGCGCCCGCCUGCGCGGCGGCGACGCCGGCGCCUCCCGGUUCUUCCGGCAGGUGCUGCCGCCGUUCUUCACCGUGCGGCUGCUGCGGCGGGAGCCCGAGCGGGACAUCGAGAUCUACGCGGUGACGCCGCGGGAGGGAGCGGGAGCCGCCGGCGGAGCCCCCGGGGGCCGGGGCGGCGAUUAAAUGAGAUUAAAUGAUUAAAUGAUUAAAUGAUAUUAAAUGAUGCCGGGGCGCUCCGA